AUGACUAUCCUGCUACUGCUAGAUACCUGUUGCGAGGUGACUAGCGCAAUCAAAUAUUUGAUGGGUGUUUUCACGGAGAUGCUAUCUGUUCGAACUUUCUCAUCCUUAUUACGUAGCUACAAGCAUUUUACCUGCCCAAAGGCUUUGAUGCCAUCCAGUGUCGCUGCCAGCUCCUCAGCAGUACGAGCUGAAUCUACAAAACAGGUUGAAUUUCAAUGUGGUGGCGAGAAAUUCGUAGGAACAGCUAAACUAGGUGAUACUCUUUUGGAUGUUGUUGUGAACAAUGAUCUACCGCUCGAUGGUUUUGGAGCAUGCGAAGGAACGCUAGCGUGUUGUACAUGUCACGUCAUUUUAUCUCCGGAACAUUACAAUCGAGUAGACCGCAUAAAUCCUGCAGGCGAAGAAGAAAUGGAUCUUCUGGAUCUAGCGCCAGAACUUAGCGAUUAUUCACGUUUAGGAUGUCAAGUUCAGGUCGAUACGGCUGAUCCCGACACGAUUGUUGUCACCGUUCCUGUUCAGAAAAUUGAUGCUAGAAAUGUGGAAUGA